CAAAAGAAGGCCCGCACGGACCUCCGUCUGUGUGCGCAGCGCCACCAAAGCGAGCCCCUCCCCCAUCCCGUCCCAAGCGCCGGUAAACUUCCGUCUCCGCGCACGCCCCGAUCUCCAUUCCCCGAAACCCUAGCCGCCCUCGGCCGCUUCCCUGUCGCGGUCGCGCCCCUCGCCUCUCUGCGCGUGGGCGGCGGCGGAGAUGGCCUCGUCGUCGUCGGCGUCCUCGAGGCACCAGGUCACCAUCACCCUCGGCCGCAGCGGUCAGGUUGUCAAAAGGAGGGCUAUAUCUGAUACUAUUAAUGAUGAUGAAGUGCCAUUCUCAGGGAAAAAGCGAUCUUUGAGGGAGAGAUUAGGAACUAAUGUGGCUGAUUCUGAUUUUUAUGAAAGCCGGCAUAGAAACAAAAGGCAACAGACAGAAAGUAAUAGCUCCCUUGGAGAUGAUGGUUCAGAUCGCCAUGUCGGCAAGGAUGACCUGAGACUGAAACUUAUGAGGAAAGGCUUGUUACAGAGGAGCAAUGGUGGCGCAGAACAGAAUGGAGUGGAUCUCCGUGAAAAGCUUUCCCGAAACCAUAAGAAUUUGCCGAGAUACGAUGCAAGUGGCCGUGCUCCAGAAUCAAGGGCUAGGUAUGAUAUGAGAGACAACCCCGUAGAGUUAAGGUCUAGAUAUUCUUCGAGGGAGGGUGUCCUAGCAUCAAGACCCUCUCCUGUUGCAAGUCGAAUUCCUUCUGCAAGAAGUGUGGAUGAUUUGUUGAAGUUGGAUUCUUCAAGAAAACCUUACUCCUCAUGGACAGCCGAUGGUUUGAGGCACAGAUCACCUGAAAGGCUUACAAGUGUUCGGGGUGAUGCGUCUCCACCAAGAGCUUUUGAUCAGAUUAGGCCCAUGCCAUCCCAUAGAUCUGCUGGUUCUUUAAGACCUCAAAGUCUUAUUACAAGAGAUGCUCCUGACACAUCAAGAACCCAAACUUAUGCUGGCAAAUCCACCAUUUCUGUCGAUACAGUACCGAAAGCUAAUGGAAUCACUCCGUCUAGUGCAGCUCUGCCUACAGCCCCUGUUAUGACAGAAGUCCCACAAACGGUUACUGGAUUGCUGAAUUCUCUGGGACUUGAGAAGUAUCUUGUUCUCUUUCAGGCUGAGGAGGUGGAUAUGGCUGCAUUGAGGCAAAUGGGAGAGAGCGAUCUCAAAGACAUGGGGGUACCUAUGGGCCCGAGGAAGAAGAUUCUCCUUGCAUUAGGUCCUCAGUCAAAACAACGGCAAAGAUGAGCAGCAUGGUCUGGGUAUUGGAAACUUGAAAACAUUUGUUGGCAACCACAAAUUGUUGAUGUAACUUAAGAAUGCCUUAUUGCAGAUCUUGUAUAUCUGUAGUGUUUUGUCUUAGUUCUCCCUUUUGUUGCUGAUAGAUUAAGUUCGUGCCUUUGUUGACACGUGUAAAGUCUUAUCUGUCAGCUGUUAAGAAUAGCAGGCUUGAAACAGGUGGAGAAUUACCAGUCUGGAAUUUGGUGGGGGAUAUAUGAGAACGGCCAUGGUCGCAGUGCAUCUUUCAUAUA